AAUACCCACCCCUACUCGAACAAAUUAUCCAAACACCGCAAAAUGACCUCAAUCACCCACCAACCAACCAUCCACACCUACCACUGCCUCUGUACCCAACUCCUCCUCGCAACCCCCCACCCCCUCCCCACCUACCCUCGGCGCGCGCCCCCCUCCCUUGACCGCGCCUACAUCCUCCCUCUCUCUCCCUCCUCACCAACAACCGACCACCCCACGACAUCCCUCGCCCUCCCCGACACCACACCGCAAAUCAUCCGCCGCGCCGACGGGUUCGAGAGGCGCUAUUGGCAGCGCUGUGGGCGGUGUCGGUUGGUGGUGGGGUAUUUUCUAGGUCGGGCGCAGGGGGAUGCGGAAGGGGAGAGGGGGGUGGGGGCUGAGGGGCCGUGGGGGGAGGUGUUGUAUGUGUUCCCGGGGGGGUUGGUGGGGACGGAAGAGAUGGUGGGAGGGGGGGAGGGGGUGGUGCGGUGA